GGAAGCGCCAAAAUCAAAUAAUAACGCUUGACUUUGGAGGGCUGGUUGUCGGUACUGUAGCGAUCAGACAGAACUAAAUCAUAACCAUGGAGGAAAAUCUCACCUUUCCUGUUUAUAAAGUGGAAGAAAUUCUGGCCUUUCUUAGGAGUGAUGUCUUAGCUGGGCCAGAGGCAAGGAACUUUACCAAAAGUGACAUUGUCCCAACCCCUAAGCCUGAUUCUAUACAGAGAUUGUACAUGAGAAUCCUACAGCUUGUGUUUGGAUUCAGGCCAGAUUGCCACUACAUGAUGCCAGUAAAUGAGAAUAUCCAGCACCCCUUAAUUUACGAAGGAAUUUUACCCAUCUCCAGCAUCUACCUUCGCAUGUGUCAGUUCCUGCCAAUGUGCCAUGUGUAUGACUUUCAGAUGAAUGACCUUCUCAGUCCAAAAGCAAAAAGGACCAUCUUUAUUUUGUGUGGCAUCAUGAAUUUCCUUCACUUCAGAAACUUACGUCGUGAAAUAUACUUGGACCACCUACAGGGUUAUAAAUCUGCUGUGGAGAAGUCGCAGAGCAUAGCUAAAGGAAUAAACGAGGCCGAACUGAAGAUUACUAAACUCACAACCAUCCCACCACAACAGCAAGCAGAGUUCAAAGAGCUGUCAUCAGCAGUUACAGACCUACAUCAUGCAAUGAGCCAAGAAUCUCAGGCAGUCAACUCAAUCAAUGAAGAGAUUGCACAGCUGAAAAGUGAACAUGCAGAAAAAACACUAAAGUUGAACAAUAAAAAAGUGGAUUUGGCUACUUUUAAGGAAGAUCAGGCUAGACUAAAAUCUCUGAUUGUGGAAUCCCCAGAAGAGCUCAGGAAUGAAAAGGAAAAGAUGAAGGAGACUGUGAAGAAGAUCAAGCAGUCUAUUGAAAACACCAAUGUGAAUUUAGUAGAACUUCAAAACAAAAUCCAAGGUUCAAUUAUGUGCCAGGAAGAAUUCCAGUCUUUCUAUAAACUACAGCUGGAUUUACAAGGUGGAAUGGAGAAAAUGAACAGCUUAAUAGCUGAGAUUCGGAAUGUGAAUGAUGUAGUUGAGAGACAGAGGAAGGAUCUGAAGAAUAUGAGCACCGAUGAGACUCAGUACAAACGAGCCGUGAGCAUGAAGAUGGACAAAAAGACCAAGCUUCAGAUCAGAAGGCAGAAGAAACAAGAAGUGAAGGAUCAACAAGUUCAAAUAAUGUUUGGUGAGUGUAACCAGGUUCAGGAUAAAAGGGAGGAUGUCCUGAAGCAAAUCAAACAGGUCAUUAAUGAAAAUCAGCAGGUCAAGGCAAAGCUGCAGUUUUUAACAGAGUGCUGCUCAAAUGAGACUGCAAAAGCUCAGGCGCUGUAUGACAGUCUGAUGGGUGUCCUGGAGCAAUACCACGAGCGUCUGGCAAAGCAUGCAGAGAAGAGCAUAGAAAGGAGGAUGUGAUGGUCUCUCCAAUACUUUCACCUGUUUUUAGUUUUUACUAUAAAUCGUUCAUAUUUCUGCUUGUAUUUUAAUAAAAUUUAUAUGCAUCAUACACAUGGGAGAGGUCACUCUAUCAUAUAAUAUC